UGCCAAUGCAGCGCUAUGAAGAAAGUGCGCUUCUCCUGAACAGGCAGAAGUGUGUCCAGUCCUUUGGCAGCAGCGCACUUUUAGUUUGUGGCUCCCGAAGCCAAACAAGCUGCACGGUGCAGAAUCGCAACCCUGUAGCUAAAGAGUUUGAAAAGUGGCAGGUCGUUUUGCAGAAUUUUUUUUUCCAAGUGUGUGAUUUUUUCCCCCCUUGUGAGCUGACAUCAAAGUUUGGAAGUACUUCCAGGUUUUUUUUUCCAAGUGAGUGCGAUUUUAUUGACUGCAUGAAAUAUCAGUGGACAUUUGGAGCUCUUUGAAGAGACCAGCUUGCCGUUUAAUAUGACCGCCGAGGCGCACUCGCAUUUGCAGAAAAGCUCCAUGGAUUUCGUGAACGACUUUGACUUGAUGAAGUUCGGCGUCAAGAAAGAGACGAUGCAGGGGCUGGAUCGCUCCUUCACCGGUCUCUGCAGCCAGCUCCAGAGACCAGACUCCGUCUCCUCCACCCCUGGCAGCACACCUUGCAACUCGGUACCCUCGUCGCCAAAUCUCAAUCCGAACGAGCAGAGAAAUAAUCCCGGUGGCGAGCAGUUCUGGGUCUCCGGCAACGUAGGCUACCCUCAGCAAAUGUACCCACAAGCGUUUGGCCUGACACCCGAAGACGCAGUGGAGGCCCUCAUCGGAGCCACGGCGCAGCAGGGACACCCAUCUGCGCCCCACGGCCACCACCCGCCACCUUUCCAGUCAGACUACGAAGGGUACGGGCACCUGGGUGAACCUGUUCAGCACUACCCGGGCCUUCCGGGUCACCCCGACAUGCAAGGUAUCCCCAACAGCCACUGCCAAGACUCCUAUCUGAAAGACGACAUGGGAGGCUCGUCGCCUCAGUCCCCGGAGCAGGUCGCCGGCGCGCACCACCACCUCCAGCAGCAGCACAGCCGCCACGACCGGCGAUCCAACGCCGACAUGCACUUCUCCGACGACCAGCUGGUGUCCAUGUCCGUGAGGGAGCUCAACCGGCUUCUCAGAGGCCUAAGCAAGGACGAAGUGAUGCGCCUGAAGCAGAAGCGGCGGACCCUGAAAAACAGAGGUUACGCGCAGUCCUGCCGCUACAAGCGCGUCCAGCAGAAACACAUUUUAGAGCACGAAAAGACGAGCCUGGUGUCACAGGUCGAGCAGCUGAAACACGAACUCAACAGACUGAUGCGGGAGAGGGACGCCUACAAACUUAAAUGCGAGAAAUUGUCCGGUGCAAACUGUUACCACGAAACUGGGUCCACCAGUGACAACCCUUCCUCGCCCGAGUACUUGAUGUGAGUUUGUUGAUUUUCUACAGGACUGGUUCUUUUCCAUGUGGAGGCAUUCAUGCUCGCCUUGCUAUUUAACACACAACCCCACGGAGUUUCAAAUAGUCCCGGGCAUAAGGACUCGACUCAAAUAAUUGUAAUAGAUAGAACAAUUUACGAAUGGAAAAAAAAUGCAAUGAAGCAUGCAUGCAGGACAUGUAUGAGAUGUUUUUAUUUUAUACAAGCAUAUCUGUAUUUUAUCUGAAAGGACACACUUGAGGAUAUUUGCUUUUAUGAGUACACAACUUUAAUCCUUUUAUUCAGUUACUGCUCUACUCUCAUUUUGGUGAUUCUGCUUUGCUUAGUUUUCUGUAGCUGAAAUUAUAUUUUGUGUUCAUGCUUCCUUAAAAUAGAAAACACACUGAAAAGAAUGAUGCUAGCAAUUCCACUUGUGUUUUAUUUUUAUGUAGUUGAUUCUGCUGGACAGAUGUGUUCCUUAUUUGCUUUUCUUUUUAAGAUAAUAUACAAUUAUGCAAAAAAAAAAAAAUAUGCAAAUUGUUUUUCCAUCUCAUGUUUUUUUCAUUUAACAAGGAUCAAUAAAUCUAUUGUGACUUUUUAAA